CAACGUUACUCCGCCUACGCCGAUGCUCACGUGACUGACCGUCGCCCAGGUUGUGUCGAAAGCAUCCUGGUGUUAGCAGUUAGCUAGUCGUUGACAAAUAUUAAAACGAAUUGUAUAAAUACUUUUAAAAUGGGUGGAUUAAUACCGUGGCUCUGAAGAAGAAAAAGAAGAAAGGGAACUACAUAGACUGAUCUUUUCCAACACGGUCUGACUAUUGUUAUCUGAAGAGAGGCUAUCAAUAACAGCUAACCAAACAUUAGCGUUAGCUAACGUUCAAACUUUGAUGAGCUACAGAAUUUGUAAGCUAGCUGCUUGUUGCACAUUUACUCCUGCCAUUCAAGCUAGUGCGCUUACAUGUUUGUUAUUGUAGCACUUUUUGCUAACAUACUAGUAUUAUAAGUGUUAUUUGUUGAUACGGCGUUGUUUGGUUCAGACGUUGAUAUAAAACUAGUGUUAACGUUAUUACGAUAGCUAACUUAUGAAUGACUAAUUCUAACGCUAGCUCUUUAAACUUCACCGUAACUUACACACAGGCACUUAAAAUCAGAGCUAACCAGCUUACUCUACGAUAAAAAAGGCAACAAGGUCGGAAACAGAUGUCAUCCGUGUAGUUAAACGCCUGUGUUUUCUUAUUGAUUUCGGCCAAUCAUAUGAGAUAAAUAAUGCGAAACACCAGGAUGUCAAACACAUGGGGAUUAACGAUGGGGCAGCAGUAUUGUUUGGAAAACACAGCUGCCCGGUCAUUUCGAUAAUCCCUAUAUCCUGGGUGAUGCAUAUACAGUAGGUUUUAUUAUUUCGGAGCGUGUAGCGUAUUAGCUCAUAAAUACAGAGAUAUUUGGAUAGUUUCUCGUUUAAUCUAACACAGUCUAAGUAGGUAGUAGUCAACUUUGCUUUAAGUUAUGCCUGGGGACGCAUCUGAUAGUAGUGAUGACUCCGAUUCAAAAACAAAUGAAAAGGCCUGCACCGUCAAGCAUCAAAUCACCAAUGCUAACCUCACAGGUCACACUGAGAAGGUCGGCAUGGAGAACUUCGAGCUGCUCAAAGUCUUGGGCACUGGAGCCUAUGGAAAAGUGUUUCUGGUCAGGAAGAACACCGGUCACGAUGUCGGACAGCUUUAUGCUAUGAAGGUGUUAAAGAAAGCAGCCAUUGUCCAGAAGGCAAAGACCACAGAACACACUCGCACUGAGAGGCAGGUGCUGGAGCAUAUCCGCCAGUCACCCUUCCUGGUCACACUGCACUACGCCUUCCAGACGCAGAGCAAACUUCAUCUCAUCCUGGACUAUGUGAGUGGAGGGGAGAUGUUCACCCAUUUGUACCAGCGGGAUCACUUCUCUGAGGAGGCGGUGAGGAUUUAUAUCGGGGAAACAAUCCUGGCUCUGGAGCACCUGCACAAGCUUGGGAUCGUGUACCGAGACAUCAAGUUGGAAAACAUUCUCCUCGACAGUGAAGGCCACGUGGUGUUGACAGAUUUUGGACUCAGCAAAGAGUUUCUUGAAAAGGAGAAAGAAAGGACGUACUCUUUUUGUGGCACCAUCGAGUACAUGGCACCUGAGAUCAUCAGGGGGAAAUCUGGGCAUGGCAAGUCGGUAGACUGGUGGAGCCUUGGGAUCCUGAUGUUUGAGCUGCUGACAGGAGCGUCUCCUUUCACCCUGGAGGGAGAGAGGAACUCCCAGAGUGAGGUGUCAAAACGUAUUCUGCGCUGUGACCCACCGUUCCCCUCCAUGAUUGGACCAACUGCUCAGGACCUGCUGAGGAAGUUGCUGGUUAAAGACCCUCACAGGAGGCUGGGUUCUGGACCACGAGGGGCUGAAGACAUCAAAGCACAUUCCUUCUUCAAGGGCCUGAGCUGGACUGACCUCGCAGAGAAGAAGGUGGCCAGUCCAUUCAAGCCAGAGCUGAAGAGUGAACUGGACACGGGGAACUUUGCUGAGGAGUUCACAGGGAUGGAUCCUGUUUACUCUCCUGCAAGCACACCCCCAAGCACUGACCGCCUGUUCCAGGGUUACUCCUUCAUUGCUCCCUCCAUCCUCUUCAAUAAAAACGCUGUCAUGGGAGACUUUGCUGAGUCUCAGGUUGGUGCUGAUCGACCGGGUUCAGCUUCUGUUCAGCGCAGUGCGAUGUUAAAGGAGUCGCAGUUUUUCCAGCACUAUGAGCUGUGUCUUCACGGGCCACCCCUGGGCGAGGGCAGCUUCUCUGUGUGCAGGAAGUGCCGGCACAAACAGAGUGGCCUUGAGUACGCUGUCAAGAUCGUCAGCCGCAGAAUGGAGGCAAACACUCAGAGGGAGAUCGCUGCUCUGAGGCAGUGUGAGUCCCACCCAAACAUCGUCAAGCUGCAUGAAGUCUACACUGAUCAGUAUCACACAUAUUUAGUGAUGGAGCUCCUGCACGGAGGGGAGCUGCUGGAAAGGAUCAAGAAAAAGAAACUGUUUGGUGAGGCAGAGGCCAGUCAGCUGUUACAGAGCCUGGUCUCAGCUGUCAGCUUCAUGCACGAAGCUGGAGUCGUGCACAGGGAUCUCAAACCGGAGAAUGUGCUGUUUGCCGAUGAGGGGGAGGACGCGGUGCUGAAAGUAAUAGAUUUUGGAUUCGCUCGGCUGUGCCCUGCAGGCAGCGCCCCCCUGCAGACUCCCUGCUUCACACUGCAGUACGCCGCACCUGAACUCUUUGAGAGCGCAGGAUACGACAAAGCCUGCGACCUCUGGAGUCUUGGGGUCAUCCUGUACACCAUGCUGUCAGGCCAGGUGCCAUUCCUGAGCGAACAGCGUGGGAUGACCUCAUCGUAUGCUGCUGACAUCAUGCAAAAGAUAAAAGAGGGUGAUUUCUCAUUGGAUGGGGAGGCCUGGAAGGGAGUGUCUGAGGAUGCCAAAGAGCUUGUUAAAGGCCUGCUGACAGUGGAUCCAGAGAGACGUCUCAAACUGUCUGAUCUGAAAGAGAACAGCUGGCUGCAGGGUGGAGCCUCCAUGUCCACCACUCCUUUGUGCACCCCUGAUGUGCUUGAGUCAAGCGGGCCCACUGUACGCACCUACGUCAACGCCACCUACAAGGCUUUUAACCGCGGUAAGAGAGAGGGCUUCUUUCUGAAAAGUGUCGACAAUGCUCCCCUCGCAAAACGCCGAAAACUGAAGAUGACCAGCACAGGAGUAGAGACCAGAUGGAGUUCAUCCUCUUCCUCCUCCUCUUCUUCCACCUCCUCUUCAGCCUCAGCCUCUGCAAAAGCAUCCAAAGCACAGCCAAAGCAAACUGUGAGCCCAAAGCAGAGCUAGCCUGAACAGCAGGGGGAGAGAAUGAAGUGGUGUGUGUGUUUCUACUGGCAACACGGUGUCCUCCAGUGGUGAUAGGCUCACCCAGUUCCAAAAAAACACACUCUGACACGCCAAAAGACUGGUUAAAGUUUGUAUUAAAUGUUCAAUACAACAUAGAAUUCAACUUUUCAACAGCAAAGCAACUUCAUACAUCAGGACGUAUUCUCCCCAAACCAAACCUGUAUUUUCACUGAGAAGAUGGUGGAGGUUUAGUUUAGUAUCUUUAUGAUGUACAGAAAUCUGUGGCCUUGAGAAAAAUGAUUACUUACUCAGUAUUCACUCACCAUAAUAUGGUGAUAUCACACACUAAAGUAAAAAAUGAGUUGUUACCUUUGUUCACUGUGGGUAAAAACAGUGCCUGGCUAUAAAGGGAUAAAGGGAAAAAGGAGCCAUAAAUGAGCAGAAGCCAUACAAACAGUAAAGCAGUGCAUUUACCAGUUAAGCCGAUUUGAAUACACACCAAUUUGCACACAGCAAAUGAGUAGUCCUUCCAGGACCAGGAUUCAGCAGGCUUAACCCUUUACAUGUAUUAAGAUAUUUUUUCAGGUUGCCAAACAGAUAAAAUUGGCAAAACAGGCAAAAGUUUGGACACUAGUGCCGUGCAAACACUUCUGGGUUUGUGGAAACAUGCAUAUUUUUUUUGCCUCUCUCAGUUGUUUGAGCAAAAUUCCUGCUGUUUGCACUAUUAGCAGAGAAUGUAAAAGAACAAAUGAUACAAAAUAAAUGUAGAUAGCUGGAAGGACUUAGUGCAGAGGGAGAUGAUUGUGAUGUGUGAAACCCCUGAGACAGCAAAACGAUGGAAACUGCUGAAGUCUGUGUACAGUUCUGAGUCAGGACAGACUUCAAACAGCACUGACGUCUCCAACACACAAACUCUACAAACCCCAUUCAACAGAACACAGAGAGCAUGUCCUGAUUUUAGAGUGUUAUGAGAGAAUAUCAGAGUUUGACUUGAAGAGGUUGCAGUGCUACACGACUGUGGAAACACAUGGGGAGAAAAAAAACAGAAAAAAACGAGGGGUUUUCUACUUUCUUCAUGUUCUUGCUGUAAAUUACUCGCAUUAUUGUGCCGGUCUGAAAUCUCAAGCAUGCUAAUCUGUUAUAAUGUAAGAUUCAUUUUUUUAUAUAUAUAUUUCACUACCUAAGAAGCUGUCAACCUGAAAGUUUUCAUUCUACUAAAAGCAGCUUGAUUGCAUGUAGAUUGGAGCAAAAUCCAUUUUGAUGAUUUUGCAUGUCAUCGUGAAUCCUAAAGGGUAUCACAGCUUUCUGGUGCCCCAUAAGACCAGACUGCGCCAUGUGCAGCAAUCAUAAUCACAGUUGGAUUUGAUACAAUGAGAGAUUGUUUCCCCUUCAGAUAAACUCAGGUUGUUGUAACCUGGGCCACUCACCUAGUGAUGUCUUUAUUUUCCAGAGGUGGUUUUAAAAGAUUAUACGGCUUUGAAUUUGAAAUGUUACAGAAUGAGACACUUAAUAAUGACUUUAACAUGGUUCCAAUGUGACCAUCCUGCAGAAUGAUUGUGUAUAUACUCAUCCUUGAAAAAGAGCAAAAGAAAAAGGUGUAAUGGUUUUUAAUUUGACAUCAGUUUCAAUGGUAUAUAAGUGUCCUGAUGUAAUUAUGUUUUUAUUGGACUUUACUUUUUUACAUGUUGCACAGUCAGUUGAUCAACUUAACACAUUUCAGCUUUAAAGGUGCUUUCUCUGAUAUUUAUUACAUGUCAUUGAUUUUAAUGCAGUGGUAAUGGGAUUGAUAAUUUUAAUUGGCUCUUGCUGUGCUCCAACAUUAUAUGUGUGUGCGUACGUGUGUGCAUGCAUGCGAGAAAGAGAAGGAGAGAGAAAGAGCGAGAGAGUGUGAUUGUUAUUGGGAUGUUUGUUGUACCAAUAUUUCUGUACCAGAAGAAGCAUUAUUGCAAGUUACUGUAUUAUUUUCUUGAUGUUGUUUUCCUCCUUCAUCUUUGAAAGGUAUCUGGUAUCUGUUUGUGUUUGAGCAUUGACAUUUGUACUUCAAAACCUGUGCUUUUAUUGGUGUUUAAUUAUUUUGUUGUGGUUAAUGAUGUUUUUCUUUUCUCUCUCUCUUCUUUUUGAUUAUUGUUAUUUUACUGAGAUGCACUGUCACUGAUGUUGUAACUGGGAAUUUAUCUUUUGCACCAUAAUUUUUGGGUCGGUGCAAAAUAAACAUGACUUUUAAAUA